AUGUCCAUAAUCCCCUUUGCAGGCAGGUUGCUGCGCUUUUUCGUUCCCUUAGCCCUUUGCCUGAGCACAUAUCUGUAUCUUUAUGUUGCUUUUCACACCUGUACCUUCCCUUCGAAGGAUGUGUCCUCAUUGCGUGCUUUGUCGCAGACUUUCAGUCAACACUGGCCCUUUGCUCAGACAUCAAAGACGGCAGUUGAAUCCUCACGCGCUCCUUUCCGACUGCUUGUCUUAGCUGAUCCUCAGCUCGAGGGUGACAGCUCUCUUCCACCGCCGGAGAAUGCUUUCCUUGCGAAAUUGAGUCGCCAAUGGGGCCAGCUUCGGGCAAGAGAUGGCACAUCUAUAUACCCUCUGAUCUCAGAGGUAAGCCGGCAAGUUCUCCUUCAGGACAUCCCAGAUGCGCUUCAAGAAGCACGGAAACGCCUGGACUUGUUUGGCAACGACUACUACCUGGGACACAUCUAUCGAACUCUCCAUUGGUGGUCUCAGCCCACUCAUGUCACUGUUCUCGGAGAUCUGAUUGGAAGUCAGUGGGUCACUGAUGAAGAAUUCGAGUGGCGGGGAUGGAGGUACUGGAAUCGAGUCUUCAAAAACGGCUACCGGGUUCAAGACGAGAUCACAAGCAUGGCGGAACAAGAUGGGGAAAAUGUCUUUGACAUGACAGAUGCUGCUUGGACAACAAGAAUCAUCAAUAUUGCUGGAAACCACGACAUUGGUUAUGCUGGAGAAGUCUCAGAGAGGAGGAUGGAGCGGUUUGAAAGAGUCUUUGGAAAAGCUGAUUGGGAUGUCAGAUUUCAAUAUCCUCAGCCCAAAGAUGAUUCAGGAGAUGCUUCGCAAUUUUGGCCAUCACUUCACCUGAUUGUCCUGAACAGUUUAGUCUUGGAUGGCCCAGCACUGUCAACGGAUAUCCAAAGUAAGGGUUACGAUUAUAUCAAUUCGCUCAUCUCCAAACGACUCCGCCCAGUGGAAGACCGGCUCUCAUUCACUCUACUACUGACGCAUCUUCCGUUAUAUAAAAGUGAAGGGGUCUGUGUUGAUGCUCCACACUUUGACUACUGGGGCGACGAUGACGGGGGUGGUGUUUACAAGCCUCGUGGUGUGAAAGAGCAGAACCACCUCAGCGAACAUGUAAGUCGACAAGGGACUUUAGAGGCUCUUUUUGGCAUGACAGGUAAUAUGGAUGCUCCUGCACGUGGCAGAGGAAGAAACGGUCUUAUACUGAAUGGACAUGACCACGAAGGCUGUGAUACCUGGCAUUUUAUCCCAGAAGAGUCGACCUACACUAGUAUGACUGAUCGAAAUGAGCAGCCCACGACCACAUGGAAAGCUACUCGUUACACCCAUGCCAACUUGAGCCAAUCACAUACUGGUGUGCGUGAAAUCACACUUCGAAGCAUGAUGGGAGACUAUGGUGGAAAUGCAGGCCUGCUCAGUGCCUGGUUCGACUUCGAAAUUGGAGAAUGGAAAUAUGAUAUCCAGAUGUGCGGAUUAAAUGUCAAACUAUGGUGGGCUGUCCAUGUCAUCGACAUUGUGUGUCUGGUGCUAUUGUUGUUUGUUCUUGUAUGCCACUAUCUGAGAAGCGCUGAAACGAUGGUCAAGCCAACCAGUCAGCCACAGAACACCUCGAGGCUGGCUGUUAAGGGGAACUAA